AUGUCGCGCUCCGUUGAGCCAACACUGCUCUCCUUGCUCCCUACCCUGCCCUCAGCCGAGUCUUUACCACAACAGCUAGUCAGUCUCUCGGCCAGUCUCCUCGCACAGUCGCGACACAAUGCCAGCACACUCAAGGCCGAAGAAGAGGUCGCCCGUCUGUACGCAUGCGCCCACAUCGCCUGCGAACGCCUGAAGACGACACUCGAUCUGCCUCCCAUACAGGCCCGGCCCCCCGUGCCCCCGCGCAUAUACAAGCGGCUAUACACCCAUCUGGACCACAUCCUGCCUGCAAGCUCAGCAGCAAAGAGUGGCAGGAUACGCACCCCGAGUGGGAAGGCAAGGGAGGCAGGUUCGGUCUUUGGUAGCGGAAGUGCCCUGAGGACACCACAAAGAGCGACGCCGAGCAAGGAGUCUGCAUUGGCACAGUUCAGGUCAAAGGCCGAUCAUACACCGAGCAAGUCUACAGGCAAGGCCCGCGUCCCAUCUACAGCAACAAAGAGUCGCAAUGCUUUACCUCCCUGGGCCCCACCAACCAUACGGUCUGUCUGCAAGCAGCUCGACUCAGAACGUAUAGCCCCGACCGUCCUAGCCGGCUUCCAGACCAUUGUUGCACCUCAUGGCAAGCGGACCAAGGAUUCCUGGGUCAAUGAGCAUCUUACACCACUACUUGCUGCCGUGUUUUUUCUUGUUACAGUCAGAUUCACUGUGCUCGUAUCUGGAAAGCCGAUCAAAGGAACCCAAUUCGCGACUGUGCGAAAAGAUGUAGUCCAAGCACUGCGACAGGCCAGGAACGACGUCGACGAUAAGGCCGAGGAUGAAGAAGUAUUCUGGGAUGGAUGGGCCAACGUCGGCCCCAAGGACGUCGACGAGGCAGCCAAAAAGUUCAACGAGAGUGGAUGGCAAGACGAGGAGUGGUUCAAGGGUAUUCAAGACCAAAUUGGUGCAAGCGCGGAUGUGGCCAUGGACGACGCUGAGGAUCAUGCCGCUGGGGCAAAGGCGAAGGUACAACGCGGCGAUACCAUGUUGCAGGGACGUUGGCUCAUGGACGAUACAAAAAGACACGAGUACAACCGCUGGAAAGCAGAAAUUCUGAAGCGAUGUGACGAGGUCCAGAAAGGCGACAGUGCCAUGCAUGUUAAUGCAUCUGCUUAG